AUCCGCCGGCGGCCGCUUGCGCAGCGCCAGUCGCCACCCAGCGCUCGCGACGCGACGGCGAAGUGCGCUUCCAAAUUCAAAAAAACAUCAUCGACAAAUUGUUUUUUUUUUAAACGUCGCGUUCAGUGUUACGAAACUUAUCGGUUUUGUGCCAGUGCGUCAUCAUCGUGUGUGUGCUUCUUUAUUGUGUUUUUUUUUUCAAAUACGAUCCUCAUUUAAGUACUUGUGUCUGCCUUAAUGAGUUUGAGCUAAAGUUGCAGAAGAUCAUGAUUCACGUCGAUGAAACGGAUCCAGUUGGAGAGAUCGAGCCACCUUUUUCAAUCCGCGAUGUCACAAUCAAAAGAAAUACAGAUGUUAACGACUUCUACGAUAUGCUAUCGGAGAUCGGCAGGGGCAAAUUCGGCACAGUAUACCUCUGCCGAGAGAAGUCCACGGGCUUGGAGCUAGCAGCUAAGCUGGUUUCCGUGAACCGGAGGGAUGAAAGGCGGAAUGUGGAACGUGAGGUCGACGUCAUGAGACGGCUGCAACAUCCGAGGCUUAUCCAGUUGUAUGAUGCUUACGAUUGGGGAAAAUAUAUGUGCGUCGUUCUAGAACUCAUCACAGGCGGCGAGCUGUUCGAGCGAGUGAUCGACGAAGACUUCGUGCUGACGGAGCGCGCCUGCACCGUGUUCAUGCGGCAGAUAUGCGAGGGCAUAGAGUUCGUGCAUCGCCAGAACAUACUGCACCUCGAUAUGAAGCCUGAAAACAUCCUAUGCCUCACAAAAUCGGGGAAUCGAAUAAAAAUCAUCGACUUCGGACUAGCGAGGUUCUACGACCCGGAGAAGAAACUGCAAGUGCUGUUCGGUACACCGGAGUUCGUCGCACCCGAGGUGGUCAACUUUGACCAGAUCGGCUACGGGACUGACAUGUGGUCAAUUGGAGUCAUAUGCUAUGUAUUAUUAUCGGGUCUAUCACCGUUCAUGGGCGAGACAGAUAUAGAGACGAUGGCCAACGUCACAAUAGCCAAGUACGACUUCGACGAUGAAGCCUUCAAUGAAAUCUCCGAGGACGCCAAAGACUUCAUCAAAAAACUCCUCGUGAAAGACAAAGAGUCACGGCCGACUGCUACGGAGUGCUUACGUCAUCGGUGGCUCAUCAAACGAUCCCCUCCAAAGCAAGAUAAACCAACGCAAGAACCUCAAUUGUCCCCUAAACACGAACUCGACGUGGCAAAAGACAAUCUUAGGAACUUCGUGGAACGGUGGAGCGAACAUCCCAACUCACCGUACGUGUUCGAUAUCCAAGCUCAAGAAAUCCUCGCACUCGCCAACGGAAACUGUGAGAGAUCGUCCAUCGGUGGUUGUUCUCCGUCCCCAAGAAGUUCACUCAGCAGUUCACCUGAUAUAGUAUUUGAUGAAGAUGAUUUGGAACCACCGCCUCUACGAGACCCGACCCAUACGACGAGAUACAAUCCAGUCGAAAGAAGAGCAUCAGACAGCAGUUGCUUCUUACAUAAGAAACAAGAUAUAUUUGUGAGAAAGAACCUCGCUGAAGAAAUAAAAAAGCUAUCGGAUCACCUAUUCAUGCUAUCGACAAUGAACACAGAUUUAACGAAUAACAAUAGUAUGAAAGAAAAAGACAAAAAUGUAACAGAAACUAAAACAUUUAGUAAAGAAGAGAAAAAGUUGACAAAUGGUUUUAAGAGAGAAACCAACUCAACCAUCACAAAGACGAUAACAAACGGCAACGUGAACAAUUUUGAGAAGAAAAUAUUUCAAUCAAAGUCCACCAACAGAGUCAGCUCAGCAUUCCUCACUGAAAAGGAAGCACAGAAGCCGAUGACGAGUAAAAUGCCGUGGGUGAAGUCGACGAGAUCGAAACGAGUGACAACCACAAGUAGGGACGUACCAGACCAACCGAUAGAAAAACGUAACACAUUCUUCGUCGAAUUCGAUAAAAGACGCGGAAGAAUAGACAAAUUAGUAAAUGGUUUUGAGAAUGGGAAGCAAUUGCCGUACAAAAGAGGCGAUGAAAACAAUGCACACAGAACAAAAGACUUAUUACUGCAUCUUCUCGAAAAAUGGGGAGAAAGUGAAGAAACUGAAGGUGAAAGAACAGUCGGCGGCACUUCUAACAGUGGAAGACAUCAGUCGAUAUCUUUAGAGUGGUCGCAAUCGAACCAGCUAGCGCAAAAUUCCAUGUCAAGUAUACAAGCAUUCUUUAAAAGGCAAUCCUCAGAUGAAAAAGUUCAUAAGAAAAAUGGGACGACAAAGAUUACGAAUAAUAAAUGAUUUUAACGAUUGUUAGGCUUGAAAUAUGUGCCAUGACGACUUAUUCAGAAAGAUUAACUAUGAGUCUUGAAAAACAUGACAAAUAAAAAUACUUUGUUUUUAAUACUGAUCUCACUUCAAAGGUCUAGUAACAAAUAACAGUACCUACCAGCGUACAUUGAAUUUUAUGUCGUACGUUUCUCAUUAUCGACUUAAGUAUAAUUAACGUACCUACCACUAGUACAAUACUAUUCCAUUGAACCUAUAAUUUGUGUCUUUUAACAAGUACUUUGAGAAAAUCUCGUACUUUUAUUUAACUUAGUUAGUCUUUCUGAAUAAAUGGUAGGUUACCAAAGUAGGUCAUGAGAAUUGUUAAUUCGUUAAGGUAUUUUCUAAAGAAAUGACAGUUAAGUAAAUGACAAUUUUAUACGAAUCUAGUCUUCAUACUCAAAGCUCUGUAUGGAAUCCGCUUGCAGACAAGACUGAGAUACAUUGAAUUGAAACUACGGAACAUGAAUUUAGAUUAUGUAUGGAGUAUGAGAGCAUGGCUCGUUAGAACCACUUAGAACCGACCAGCGCCUUGUCUUGGGCCCAAAAAUACCUAUAUUUUUUUUAUUAAUGGCCUAUUCUGAUCAAACUUGUAUUGUGACAUUUAUGGCGUGCUGGGCAAAACUAUGAACGCGGCGAACUAUGGCGUUGGUCAAAAUUCCUUCCAAGCCAUUUUCCAGACGUUGGUAUUAAUGUUCCCCCUGAAAAUUAUCCGACAAGUUUACCACUUGAUAUUAAACUAGGGGACGCUCGAAACUUCGUCCUUCAGUUUUUCACAGGGAAUUCCGGGAUGAAAAGUAGCCUAUGUGUCAAUCCAGACUAAAAUCUAUUUUCAUUCCAAAUUUCUGCUAAGUCGCUUCAGUAGCCGCAGCGCAAAGGAGAAACAUACAUACACAAGAUUCACAUACACAUACACACAACUUUCGCCUUUAUAAUACCUAAAGUGUAUUUUAUUUGUUUAUUUAGUUAUAUUAUACAAAAAUUGUACCACCAUGGUUCGCCUUAUUAACAGUUAUGUCUGACUCACCAUAAAUAUCACAUAUACCAAGUUUGAGUCAUUAAUAAAUAUUUUGCUCCUGGGCUCAAAGAAGUUUUUGAGAAAUUCUAUGGAUAUACGUUCAAAUCAACUACAUAGCGUCAUCGGAAUUCGGAUCGAUGUAAGGGUGACAGUUGGGUGCUAGAUGGAUUUAAUGAGUUAUGACCUUGCAUCGGGUGUACGAUGGCAUAAAGUUUUAACAAUUGAAGACAAUAUGGCGAUGAAUCUUUUAUACAAAGAUGGAUUUAAUUGCCAUUAAAUUUUAGUGAUUUGGCAAUCGUUGACCAAAUAUUGAUUUUGACUUACAUUGUGUUAUAAAUAGAGACAGUCUUUAUGUUUUUAUUUAGGCACAUGCCUUUUUUUAUUAAGAUCAGCAUUUCAUUUUUUUUAAUACAAUACGAUACAAAGCAUGCAAUAAAUGCUAAUAUCAUGUACCGUUGUAUCAACUCUACGAAAUUACAUUGACAAUAGCGAAUAAUUUUGUACUUUUUAUUAUGUAAAUAAAUAGACAAUACAUUUUAUAUUUUAAUUAUAAUUAUUAUACUAUAGUUACAUAUUAUGUCCUGGCGUAUAUGAAUUUGUUCCUUGUACGUAUUUUAGUUAUAUUUGUAAUGAUUUUAUUAAUAAUUUAUUGUUAUGACAUGUACGUUGUUAAAAUAUAAGGCUUAAUAGAAA